AUGCCAUCGCCUCUCCUUAACCUGGCGACGCUCGCCUUGGUUGCAGCGCCGGCCGUUGCAACCAACACCAACUACAACUUGCUCUACAAAUUUGACCAAAGCAACUUCUUUCAAAACUUCUCUUUCAAUUCCAACCCUGACCCGACCCACGGAUUCGUCAAGUACUUGGAUUACAAUGAUGCCCAUGACGCAGGCCUUGCCAAAAUUCAGUCUGGAAAUGUGUAUCUCGGUGUUGACUAUACCAACACAUACACCAGCGGCGGCCGCCCUUCAACUCGUGUCGAGUCCAACGUCGAGUUCGACCAGGGCCUUCUCAUUGCCGACAUUGCCCACAUGCCCGCAAAUGCUUGCGGUAUCUGGCCCGCCUUCUGGACUACCGGCUCCAACUGGCCCCAAGAUGGCGAGAUCGAUAUCAUCGAGGGCAUCAACCAACAGGCCACUACUCAAGUAGCCCUGCAUACAUUAGAAAAGUGUGACAUCUCUACACUUGGCUCUCAGCAAUCUGGCCAAUUGAUGGCGACCGCUUGCUCAACCACUAAUGGUGCUGGUGGUUGUACCGUCAAGGGAACCCAAGGUAGCUAUGGAGACGCCUUCAAUGCCUUGGGCGGUGGUGUCUAUGCCAUGGAGGUGACUUCUCAGGGCAUCAAAAUCUGGUUCUUCCCACGUUCAAGCAUCCCCGAAUGUAUCACCUCUGGCAACCCUGAUCCCGCCAGCUUUGGUACACCAAUGGCUGUCUUCCAGGGCACCUGCGACUUCCAAAGCGGCUUCAGAAACCAGAAGAUUAUCAUCAACACCGACUUCUGUGGUGAUUGGGCAGGUUACAGCUACGGUUCUUCGACCUGUGCCUCUAAAGCUGAUGCUGCUAGCCCUUCUACAGCCCACUCGUCUUGCGAAGCUUACGUUGGAGCUAACCCAUCUGCUUUCGUUGAAGCUUACUGGGAGAUUGCGUCUAUCGAGCUUUACCAACAGGGAGCUGCUCCUACAUCGUCGUCUGCACCUCCGUCCGCGACUGUAACCUCCACAACUCAGACAACUUCUGUUCCCACAUCCACGGCUCCUGCAUCUACAACCCCUGCGUCCUCAGCUCCCACUUCUGCUCCUACGUCCACUGUUCCUACUUCAACCGGAUCUGUCUCGCCUACAAGGAGCCCCGUCCGCUCAUCUCCUGUGGUCAACCCUAGCAGCCAAGCAGUUGCCCCCAGCUCAGGCUCAGGAUCAGGCUCGGGCUCAGGCUCGGGCACCUCCCCAGGAUCUGCUCGUAUAUCCCAGGGUACCACUUCCUGUUCCUCCAAGAGCACACUCACCGUGACUUCGCUGGUUUCUCCCACCAGCAGUGCUCAGGUCGUCCCGACAACCACCCCCUGCUCGUCUACCAGCACUUUGACAGUGACCGCCUUCUCUAGUCCUGCUCCUUCAGUUCAAGCAGCUAGCACUGCAUCCUCGAAACUGACCACCACCACUGUUAUUGUCACGUCAUAUGUGGAUGUUUGUCCUACCGGUUUCACCACAAAGACUGUCACGCAAACUGUCACUUAUUGCCCUGCUGAAGCUACCGGAACCAGCAUCGCUCCUGUCUUCACAACCACCUCAAAGCUUUGCACUACUGGCUGUGCACCCACCCCCACAACUGUUGUCGUUGUGAUCCCAGUGGAGACAGCUACAAUCCCAGCAAAAGCCACUGGUACUUCUCUCGGAUCUGGCAGCAACCCAGCUUCCGCUACGGAAACUACAACUUUACCCGCAAAUGCGGCCGGUACUUCUCUUGGUUCCGGAAACAACCCAGCACCCGCUGAGACUGCAACUCUGCCUGGAAAAGCAGCCGGUACGGCUCUUGGUUCCGGAAACAACCCAGCACCCGCUGAGACUGCAACUCUGCCUGGAAAAGCAGCCGGUACGGCUCCUGGAUCUGGGAGCAACCCAGCAUCAGCUGUAGAGACUUCGACUUUGCCCGCACCUGCUGUCUCUGCACCCGCGACUCUUAGCACGGCAGUUAACCCAGGUCGUCCUCCAAUCUACUCGACUGGUGGUUUUGUUCCGGUAGCUCCUUCAUCUGCUAUCGUCCCUCUUGCUCCCAAGCCAUCAGGCUCAUUAUCCGGUGGUGGCAGCGUUACUUCCACCAGUGUGAAGCCCGCUUUCACUGGCGCAGGCAGCAGGAUAACACCAUCAGCUGUAGGCUUCCUUGCCGCAGCUGUUGGCUUUGUACUAUUUGUUUAG